AUGGCUCACUGGAGGAAUGAGUACUCCGCCGCUCUGGCGGCUCGCGAUCGCCGAGAAAAGGCAAAUGUCGCUCUCUAUAAUGCUUAUACACAGCUGGCCGAUCGAACUGGUCGUAUUGCAUCCGCGGGAGCUCAAGGGGCCCAAAAUCUCACAGGGGCUGGAGACAAACAUACAGCGAUCCCUGCAGCUGGGAAGUCGUCGGCAGGAACAUCUGUUCCUGACAUUCUGGCAGCUACACGUGCGGAUCUUUCCGAAGCCCAACGUGCUCGUACGGAGUUGCAGGUCCGGCUAACGGAAGUGAGCACCGAGUUGGAGAAGCUACGGAAGAGAAGUACACAAGAUGGACGACGUAUCCAUGCCUUGGAGAGUGAAGAUUUCCAAGACGAACUCGCGACUCUGAACUUGCAGCUUAACAUGGCCGAAGAGCGGUCCGGCAGGCUACAGCGUGAGAAUCAAGAGCUGAUUGAUCGCUGGAUGGCCAGGAUUGGCAGAGAAGCAGAAGCCAUGAAUGAUGCUUCGAAAUUCUCGUGA